UAUACAGUCAGUUAAUGUGCGUGUCAAACAGCCAGCUGCAGAGACAGAGCAUAGAAAACGGCCAAGAGACAUGACGGUGGAGACGAGAGUUAGCGACAUGAGGGGAGCUGCCUCAACAAGCAGCCGACAGGAGGGCCUUGGAGGACUGUGGGACUCUGUGAAGAAAGCUGCAGUUGUCAUUGGAUCUGGGAUCUUAUUCUUGGCUGCAUUUGGCAACUCGCUGACAUGGCAUCUUCAGAGAUUUUGGGGCGCUUCAGGAGAUUUCUGGCAAAACUUGUGGACAAAGGUGUACGUGGCGUUUGAAGGUCAUGAUGCUGCUCUCUUCUACAUGGGAACGAUGUUGCUCCCCACUCUGGCGUUCUGGGUGUCCAAUGGUCUGCUGCUACUGGUGGACACCACCGGUAAACCCUCCUUCAUCACUCGCUACCGCAUCCAGAUGGACAAAAAUAACCCGGUAGAUCCAGCUAAGCUUCGCCAUGCUUUAAAGACAAUUAUGUUCAACCAGGUGUUCAUCUCAGGGCCCAUGGUGGUGGCAGUUUACUACCUGAUGAACCUCAGAGGAAACCCCUGUGGUCCUGAGCUGCCCACCUUCCACUGGGCCCUGGUGGAGCUCGCUUUCUUCUCCAUUCUGGAGGAGAUACUGUUUUACUAUUCACACAGGUUGUUCCACCAUCCUAGCCUCUAUAAGCAUUUCCACAAACAGCACCACGAGUGGACCGCUCCCAUUGGAGUGGUUGCCAUCUACGCUCAUCCUCUGGAGCAUGUGAUCUCCAACACGUUUCCAGUGGUGAUAGGACCUGUGCUCCUGGGUUCACACAUCUCCACCACCUCCAUGUGGUACUGCCUGGCUCUGAUCAGCACCACCAUCUCCCACUGUGGAUACCACCUCCCCUUCCUGCCCUCCCCUGAGUUCCAUGACUUCCACCACCUCAGGUUUAAUCAGUGCUUUGGGGUCUUUGGCGUGCUGGAUCGACUUCACGGCACAGACACCAAAUUCAGACAGAGCAAGCAGUACGAGCGGCACACUGUCCUCACCAGCCUCACCCCGCUGAACGAGAGCAUCCCUGACUCACCCAAGAAGGGCCAGUGAGGACAUUUGACUUCAGAGCCAGGCCUCACCAUGUGUGGGAUCAGUUUCUGUUCAAUCUUAAAUGACUUUUGAUUAUUUUAAUCCAGUUUUAGACUGUGAAUGUCUGAACAAGUUCUCUCAAUAUAAUAUUUUAGAUACUAAUGUCGUUGCACUUUAUCAAACAUUCAGAUGUCAUGCCUUUUCCUUUCCUUUCCUUUUUUUUAAAUCUGACCUUUAUAUCUAAAGGAAGUGUCAACCACUGUGCUUUUAUGUGGCCAUGUUUUCUCUAAUGAUUUCAUUUUACUGUGACCUGAGGAGUUAUUGGAUCUCAUAUUAUGGUUCAUGGGUGGUAUUUUAAGAAGUUCACUGAAGUUUAUGUAAGGAUUGAACAAUAUAUAUUUUACUCCUGAUAAAUUGAAAUUCAGAAGAUGGUUAGUUUAAAUUUUACCUUGGUAUGAGUUUUUAUUUAUCUAACUGUAUCCAUUUUUAGUCAAAAUUGGCUGCCAUAGAUUUAAAUAUUUCAUUUCAUAACUUUGUUAAUUAGACUACUAGUUAUUUCAAAUUAGAAGCAAAUCAAAUGUCAACACGUCACAAGGACUCAGUUUGUUUAGUAGACAUUCAUUAGUAGGAUUGUAGUCAGAAUUGUUGGUUGAUGAACAUUAAAGGAUAUGAAAAACAUGUUUGGAGCACCUGAAAUGUGGCAAAGUAUAUAUUGUGUACAAGAGAAUGACUUUUUUUUCUGGCUGCUUUCUUCCCAGUGUUCAUUAAUAUUUAUGAUGCAGAUGUUGAUCAUCUUCAAGAAUCCACAAACUUGUGUUUGAUGACCACUACAUAACAUGUUCUAACUUUCUUAAUCGUUGCUUCAAUGUCAGUGGAGUCUUUUUUGUUGCAAUUCUUUGUAAACAUAUUUUAUAUUGUAAGUAAUAUUUAGUAAAAGCACUUCAAGCUCAACAGUCAAAGCUCUUCUGCCGCUCAGACAGAAGAGACAUUUGCACUUCUGAUUGAUUGUAUGUCAGUCUGUAUUACAGGAGGCCUCAGAGACAGUCGUAUAAGAAGACAUGAAUGUUCAAUAAGAGUUCUCCCACUGUGAUUGACACAAUGCUUUGACUGGACUGUUAAAUAAUAAAAUAUUUUAGAAUAAAA